CCCUCUCUGGCCCCACCCUCAGCUGUGACACGGAGCGUGCAGCCUCUCAGCUCGUCUGUGUUAAACAGGGAAGUCGCAGCACAGCUCCUCAGCACAUCUGGAGCUCCAGAGGGACUGCUCUCACGCCAGGAGGACCCCAGCCUCGCACACAACCGCAGGAUGCCUUUCGGAGGAGGAAACAAGUGUGGCUGCUGCCAGAAGACUGUGUACUUUGCAGAGGAGGUUCAGUGCGAGGGGAGGAGCUUCCACAAGUCCUGCUUCCUGUGCAUGGUGUGCAAGAAGAACCUGGACAGCACCACGGUGGCGGUGCACAUGGACGAGAUCUACUGCAAGGCCUGCUACGGCAAGAAGCACGGGCCAAAAGGCUACGGCUACGGCGGGGGGGCAGGAACUCUGAGCAUGGACACGGGGGAGUCCCUGGGCAUCAAACCCGAAGAACCAGUGCCCCAUCGCCCCACCAACAACCCCAACGCCUCCAAAUUUGCGCAGAAGUUUGGGGGCUCGGACGUGUGCCCUCGGUGUGGCAAAGCGGUCUACGCCGCAGAGAAGGUGGUGGGGGCCAGCAGUGCCUGGCACAAGAGCUGCUUCCGCUGUGCCAAAUGUGGCAAGGGGCUGGAGUCCACCACCCUGGCCGACAAGGACGGAGAAAUCUACUGCAAAGGCUGCUACGCCAAGAACUUUGGUCCCAAAGGCUUCGGGUUCGGCCAGGGCGCGGGAGCGCUGGCACACGCCCAGUAGGGGGCAGACUCGAGCAGCGUGGCCUUCCGGAGGCGUAUCCUGUAACCUGUGUAACCAUGCCAUGACAUCAGCACUCGCUAGCAGCGCAAGAGCUCUGAGUCACCAGGGCGGAUCCGUCUGCCCCCGAACCACACAAAACAAAAACAAAACAUGGCCUCCUUACUCCCGCCGGGCUCUGAAAGCAGAAGGAUACGAGCUCUGCCGACCCCUGUGGGGGCGCCAACACGCUUCAGGGCCUAAAGACGCGAUUACUGCAACCUGACCGACAACCAGGCCUCCAAAUGUCAACUCCACACACCUGCAUUCUUCUGUAUUCCAAUUCUGGGCUCAGUGUCUUUAACGUAGGGAAUACUUUUAUCGUUACUCACCGUUGCUUCUCGUUCCCUAAACGUCUCCGUGUAAGGUAAUGAUGCGUAGUGCAUGGGGUGGACAGGAAGUCAGAGUAUAGCUGUGUUCCAAACCCCUUCCUUCUUUCUGUGCAUGCUCCCUGCCGCCCAACUCCCAAGUGCAUGGUUGCCUAGGAGGCCGAAUCAGGAGCGAACGCAACGGAACGCAACCCGAAACAUGGUGACAGCAUGCAAAGAGCACUCGCACAGCAUUGACAACCGAUCGCUGCCUUAAGAUACACGCUACAGCAUACCCCAGCUUGCAAAUACACAUUUUACAGUAUCUCCGAGGGCUACUUUGGUAUGUAACAUUGAUAUUUUCUAUAGACAUAGCCCAAAAUUAUUAUUUUUUUAUGUUGCAAAACCAAAAUUCCUUCAUGUACCACUUUGUACAAGUGCUUGGGUAUACAUUGUGUCACUGUGAUGUCAAUGAAUGCAUCUUUUAAAUCAGAAAUGCAAUGGAUACUGUAUAUACACUAAUGCACUAUCGCCGAUUAAAACUGCAACGUGUAAAAACCGGCAAA